AUGUCAGACACGGAGGAGGUCACUGAGGAGUACGAGCAGGAGCAGCAAGAGGAGUGCGUGGAGGAAGGUCAGGAGGAGCAGGUGGAGCAGGAGGAGGAGGAGGAGCCCCAGGAAGCCAAGGCAGAAGAACAAGAAGAUGAAACAAAAGCAGCAGGAGAAGGUGGAGAGGGAGACCGAGAGCAGGAGCCUGGGGAAGGUGAAUCGAAGCCAAAACCCAAGCUCUUCAUGCCCAACCUGGUGCCUCCCAAGAUCCCAGAUGGCGAGAGGCUGGAUUUUGAUGACAUUCACCGCAAGCGCAUGGAGAAGGACCUGAACGAGCUGCAGGCCCUCAUCGAGGCCCACUUUGAGAGCAGGAAGAAGGAGGAAGAGGAGCUCCUGUCCCUCAAGGACAGGAUCGAGCAGCGGCGAGCGGAGCGGGCGGAGCAGCAGCGGAUCCGCAGCGAGCGGGAGAAGGAGCGCCAGGCCCGCAUGGCCGAGGAGAGGGCUCGCAAGGAGGAGGAGGAGGCGCGGAAGAGGGCGGAGGAGGAGGCGCGGAAGAAGAAGGCGUUCUCCAACAUGCUGCACUUCGGGGGGUACAUGCAGAAGUCAGAGAAAAAGGGUGGGAAGAAGCAAACGGAGCGGGAAAAGAAGAAGAAGAUCCUCAGUGAGCGACGGAAGCCCCUGAACAUCGAGCACCUCAGCGAGGAGAAGCUGAGGGACAAGGCCAAGGAGCUGUGGCAGAACAUCCGUGACCUGGAGGCUGAGAAAUUUGACCUGCAGGAGAAGUUUAAGCGGCAGAAAUACGAGAUCAAUGUCCUUCGGAACCGCAUCAGUGACCAUCAGAAAGUCAAAGGGUCCAAGGGUGCCCGAGGGAAGACCAUGGUGGGCAGCCGCUGGAAGUAG